AGCGGCCGCCGAGGCAGUCUCCUCCCCGGAUACCAGUCUCCUUCCCCCCCUGGCUCGUAUAUAACAGCACUCACAAGGCCGUCCGCGGACUGGUCUCUUUUCUUGUUGAUGGUUAGACUGUGCGAGAAGAAGAUGAAGCUCCUGGUUGCCAUUACAAUCAUUGUGGGAUCUCUCAUUUUUCUGGCUUUCCCAAAUGGUUCCGCUGCAGACGAGAAGAAGAAAGGCCCCAAAGUGACUGCCAAGGUUUUCUUUGACGUUAAAAUUGGAGAUGAUCAAAUUGGGAGAGUCGUCAUCGGGGUGUUUGGGAAAACUGUUCCCAAAACAGCCGACAACUUUAUCGCUCUGGCGACAGGAGAGAAAGGAUUCGGUUACAAAGGCAGCAAGUUCCACAGAGUCAUCAAGGACUUCAUGAUUCAGGGUGGAGACUUCACCAGAGGAGACGGAACCGGAGGCAAGAGCAUCUAUGGAGACCGUUUCCCCGAUGAGAACUUCAAGCUGAAGCACUACGGCCCUGGCUGGCUCAGCAUGGCGAACGCCGGCAAAGACACCAACGGCUCUCAGUUCUUCAUCACCACCAUCCAGACUCCCUGGCUGGACGGCAAACACGUCGUCUUCGGGAAAAUUCUGGAGGGAAUGGAUGUAGUGUACCAGAUCGCAAACACAAAAACAGAUGGCCGGGAUAAGCCCCUUAAAGACGUCACCAUUGAAGAUAGCGGCGUAAUCGAGGUGGAGAAGCCUUUCGCCGUGGAGAAGGUGUAGCGGAGCACUGCUGGGGGGGGAGACCAGGGAGAACAGUACUAGGGGGGCGAGGGAUCGUGCAGGCCACCUUGUUUUAUCACUAACAGCCCUGCGGGUACCGGAGAAAAGGGUUUGCGGGUCACUCCGUGUCAGUGGCUGCCGUUUUUUUAAAGCACCAGACGAGCAUUCACAUCGAGCAAUCAUGACGACACUCUGGGUCCAUUUACCAACGAGCAUUCCAAGGUGCACUUAACUGAUCGUUGUUGUUUUUUCAAAGAAAAUGAGAUCUGAAAUAAAGGUUCCAAUUUUUGUUAAA